AUGGAUGGUAAAGGGAAAGCGAGCCAGGCUCGUUCCAAAGGGUUGAGUUCGACACUGAAAGAAGAUAGGCUAAGCCAAUUACCAGAUGCUUUGAUAUGUCAAAUACUUUAUCAUCUUUACACAAAGGAAUCUGUGAAGACGAGUGUUUUAUCCAAGAGAUGGAGGCAUCUCUGGCUUUGGGUUCCUAGUUUGGAACUCUGGUCCUUCAACUUCACAGAUUCAAACUCCUUUGUGAGUUUUGGUGACAGGAUUUUCGAUUUCAGUAGAGCUUCAUGCAUACACAAACUCAGUUUAAGUGUCUUCGCCGAGACUGAGGACAGACUCUACAGUGUAAAAGACGUCUCUUUUCUCACGUCAUGGCUUGAUGCUGCUACAAAGCGAAAGAUCCAACAUUUAGAUCUUCAUUUGUCUGAAAAGUUUCACUUUUACAUGAAGCCCUUGAAGUUUUAUCAGUGUGAGACUCUGGUCUGCUUAAGGCUCUUCGAUGUUGCCUUGGAUGAUGCUAGUGCCCACUUUGUUUCUUUCCCUUGUCUCAAGACAAUGCGCUUAGAUCGUGUUUUGUGUCCCAAUGAGUCCACUUUCGAGAAACUCGUGUCUUCCUGCCCUGUCCUGGAAGAGUUAGAGGUUGAUGAUCUUUUGGGGGAUGCGAAUGUCUUCCGGGUGCGUUCUCAGUCACUAAAGAGGUUCACUUUAGUACGAGAUUACUCUUACCUCUCAAAUCCUGCAGUACCCGGGGUUGUGGUUGAUGCUCCUCUUCUAUCUCGUUUGAGCAUCAAUGAUCUUGCGUCAGAAAGCUUCAUAGUAAACAAUUUGGCGCCCAAAGCCAGGUUAGAUAUUACCAUCACCUUUGGCUCGGUGGAUGUUGAUGAAUUUAGCAAGACAAGUGGGAUCCGCAGUUUCCUACUCGGGAUUUCCAAGGUCGGGGAUAUGACUCUAUGUGCAGACACUUUCGAGCUCCUCUGUGAAUUCUUGGAAUUGGAACCACUGCCUCAAUUUGGUUACAUGUCCCGCCUGUAUAUCGGUCUUAGAGUAUCUUAUUUGAAAUGGUUACCAACCUUUCUUGAGAUCUGCCCCAACUUGAAAUCCCUCAUCUUGAUGUGGGAAUGUAGUUACGAGGAAAUGGAGCAAGUCAGUUUUACAUCUGUGCCUGAGUGCUUGAUAUCAUCGCUCGAGUUUGUUGAUAUCCAAGUCCCAAUCUUGGGACAUGCUGCAGAAAUGAAGCUAGUGAGGUACUUGUUAAAGAAUUCAGCAGUCCUCAAGAAACUUACUCUCCGUUUGUCGGAUCUUUCAACAAGGGAAAAGUCUCUUCGCAGAAGACUUCAAAGAAUCCCAAGAGCUUCUACUAAAUGUGAAGUCGUAGUCCUUUGA